AUGGCAAUGAUAGUUGUUACAGAAGUAUAUCGAGCAAUUGGAACAAAUGUCUUUUCUGUGGAUGGCAAAGACGAUCUUCAUCAUAACCAGGGAGAAGAUGAAGAAUAUACUUCUGAUAAAUAUUUUUGUGAUAGUGAUGAACUUGAAGAUGAAAACCACGUAACUGAUUUCUUUGAGCAGGAGCAUCAUGAGAAGAAGAUAAACAUAUAUACUGUUGUGAAGGAGGAGGAUAUAUGCCAGCGCCAAGAAGAGGGAAUGAGGGUGAUUGAUGAGUGGCUUGUGAAGGAGGAGAUAAGAAGAGAUUUAGGGCUAUUCAAAACUGGGGUUUCAGAGGUCAAGAAAUGGUUCUUUCUUUAUUGGUUUCUUGAAAGGAAGAAAACAAUCAAAUGGUGUCCAGCCCCUGGUUGUGAGUAUGCUGUUGAAGUGGGUAAUCAUGGAAGUGGGUCAGGGUCAUAUGAGGUUACUUGUGAAUGCUGUUAUGAGUUUUGUUGGAACUGUUUAGAGGAAGCUCAUGGUCCAGUAGAUUGUGAGAUUGCAAAAAAGAGUAUGUUGGAGAACAAUGAUUUUGGGAAAACAGAAAACUGGAAGUUGGUUAACACAAAGCGUUGCCCCAAGUGUAAUUCUGCCAUUGAGAAAGGUGGAGGUUGCAGGCAUAUGACUUGUGUAUUUCCAUGUUGCUUUGAGUUUUGCUUGUUCUGCCUUGGCAAUUGGUUUGACCAUGAUGCUCAUUAUGCCUGUGAUUGGUAUUAUGAUAGUUAA